GGAAAUAUGGUAUGCUAGAUCUAAGUGUGUAAACCUAUUGCUUGGCAGUCAAUUUCAACUUCUCCCAAUCUUACAUUUUUUUGUCUCGAAGUAGUGUCUAAAUUUUAAAUAUAGAAAAUUUCCAUCUUUACACCAUUCUGGUUUCUUUUUGCAGGCUCCUUAAAAACGCUCACAAUAUCAGCUUUGCUAUUCUUCUCUUCGCUGCUACUAUGAUCUGGGCACGACCACAACGAUACGCUCACAUUGCCGUUAUAGAAAAUGAUGCCUACGAACAGACCUUGCCCAAUGCGCUGAGAAAUCCCUUCUAUAAGACGCCGCGUGUGCGUGAAGCGCUGGCUAAAUCUAGUUGGUUUGGACCGGGCGAGGAGCCGGUAUAUGACCGUCAGGCGGAGAAAAUACCACGCGCCGAGAUCUACAAUGUGCUCGCCCACGCUGGAUUCAUUACACGAAGAGGAAAAUUGAUUUGAAAUGCAGGAACGAAAAUUAGAAAAAAUUGGAGAACAAAAUGGA